AUCAUAAUUGCCAGCAGCGAAUCCCUGCCCAGAGCUGCGUAGAGCAGCGUUGCGCAGACCUGGUGAAAACUCCGCAGCCAUUUAUCUUCAUCUUGUUGUAAAGCCACAGGUCCGAGAAUGCAAAUACUGCAAUAGUGGCUGAUGUUGGGGCUUCUUUAUAUCUAAUUGAGAGACUAAAACUUGUUCCUUCUCAUAAGCAUUGAGAGAAACAACCACAUAGGUAGCCUAUUUAGACGGGAUCGAGCGAUUCCAUACUAUAGCCAAGAAAGUGCGCUUGGUAGACGUGGGUAAUGUCUUUGAAUAUCACUGUGAAAAGUGAAGACUCCGAGUCCUUUGACGAAGAAGACGAAUCAUCUCCGCUGCUUUCAGUCAAAAGAGGCUCCGAGUCUGCAGCUCGUCACGAUAUUUCUCCGGGAGAAGGCGGUCCAAUAGAAGACCAUGCAGGGUAUUCAACACAGCAUGGGCGGCUGGCAACUAAAACGACCAGCAAACCCAUUGUACUGUAUCCUGUGAGUGCUGACUGUUUAUUUUCCUCUAACGUCACUUCUGCAGAUGGCAAAACCAUCUUAAAGAUGGCUCUAGCCCCAGUCAUGACCCUCCCGACUCCUCGGCCUCCUCCCCAGGUAUCCCCAGAGUUCUCCUACCAGGACAUUGUGUACCUGAUCGACGCAGUGGGGCGCCGCUGGAGCCUGUACGGGACCCGGGAGCGUACGCAGCUCUUUCAGAGCGUGCAGAAAGAGUUGGAGGAGCAGGGUCACUGUCUUCCUGUUGAGAAGAUCCGCCGCAAGUGGAACAACUUGAUCGUCACCUAUAAGAGGGUCAAAUACAGAGGCAGAGAGAGCGGCCAGGCCAGAACCUCCUGGGAGUACUUUGAGAUGAUGGAUGCCAUGCUUGGUGACACCAUCGGUGCCGAGACCACAAGCAGCCCUACCCUAGUAACCAGCAUCCCUAAGGUGAACGUCGCCACGGAAACCACCAAAACCAAGCAGAAGCCCCUUCUCCUUCCCCAUGGCAACCUCAUCACUGCCUGCACUCGGACACUCACCCUUGUCCCCUCCUCCCUCCCACUCCAUACACCAGUUCCCUCCACCCUCCCUCUCUACACCUUUGUCAGAUCCCCCCCCCACCCCUGUCUGCUCCUCCCUCCCUCUACUCAACCCUUUGGACAAACCCUCCCCCAGAAUAGCUAAUAACACAGACCCUGUACAGCCAGACCCCUCCCCUGCUCCGGUCGCACAGCCCCCUGCCUCCUAUCACAUCCCCUCCAACCUCAGCCGCGUGCACCUCCGCAGAAAGAAGCGCGGUCGCUUCUCC